UUGUUCGUGACAGUCUAUGGUGACAGUUAAAUGUCAUAUCAUUUAAAACAUAUUCUAAUGUCUAAAAAAUUGUUUAACCGAAAUUAUGUAAUUAAUUUUAUUUUUAUUUACUUCUUAUCGAAUGUAUUCGUGCCAUAUUAUCUAGGUUUUGAGUACAGUUAUAAUUAGAGUAUUGGUUAUUUAGUAAACAGUUCUGGAAACCUUAAUUAAUAUCUUAUUAGUUGUGCUCCUCUACAAUCACAAAUAUGGCAUUAAAUAAUAUUAAGAAACUGUUACAUUUAAGUCCAAUUGGUCAGAAUAUUUCUAUCAAUGCCAGAAGAUUUAAAAGUUUAAGUUGUAAGGUUCUUAUUGUUGGAGGAGGCAGUGGAGGCUGUUCAGUUUCUGCUAAAUUUUCUAAAAUACUCAAGAAACAUGAACUCAUAAUAGUUGAGCCCAGUGAUAUCCAUUAUUAUCAGGCAUUAUUUACAUUAGUUGGUGCUGGUAUAAGGUCUCUUAAAGAUUCACUCCGUAGUACUGCUUCAGUUCUUCCUAAAAAUUCAACAUGGAUAAAGGAUAGUGUUGUAGAAUUUAAGCCUGAAACUAACUCUGUUUUACUAUCUAAUGGUGAUCAAAUCACAUAUGACUAUAUAGUCAUAUCUACUGGCUUGAUAUUACAUUUUGAAGAGAUUGUAGGACUAAAUGAAGCUUUGACAACACCCUAUGUUUGCUCAAAUUAUUCACCAGAAUAUGUGGAAAACACCUACAAAGUUUUACAGAAAUUAGAAUCGGGCAAUGCAGUUUUUACUUAUCCUGAUAGUCCUGUAAAAUGUCCAGGUGCUCCUCAAAAAAUAUGUUAUUUAACUGAAGACUACCUUAGAAUUAAUGGAAAACGGGACAAAGUUAACAUUUAUUAUAACACUUCAUUACCUGUUAUUUUUGGUGUAAAACGAUAUGCAGAUGCUCUUUGGAAGAUUGUUGAAAAUAGAGGAAUUCAUGUCAAUUUGAGGACAAAUCUUGUUAAAAUUGACCCUGAUAAGAGAAUUGCUUACUUUGAGAACUUGGACAACCCUGAUAUCAAAACUCAAUUAGAGUACAACAUGUUACAUGUUACUCCUCCAAUGUCACCUCCUAAUGUCAUAAAGAAAAACAAACUUCUUGUAAAUGAAGCUGGAUUUGUUGAUGUCGAUAAGAACACAUUACAGCACAUACGAUUUCCAAAUGUUUUUUCACUUGGAGAUUGUUGUAGCACACCUAAUUCAAAAACUGCAGCAGCUAUUGGAUGUCAAUCAAAAGUUUUAUAUGAUAAUAUAAAUUGCCUGAUAGAUGGAAAAAAGAUGUCAAGAUCAUACAAUGGUUAUGCAUCAUGUCCUCUAGUAACAGGAUAUAAUUCAUGUAUAUUGGCUGAAUUUGAUUAUGAUUUACAACCUUUAGAGACUCUACCAUUUCGUCAAGACCAAGAAAGAUGGAUAUUCUAUUUCUUAAAGAAGGACAUUCUGCCUCCUCUUUACUGGCACUUGAUGUUAAGAGGAGUGUGGAAUGGGCCAGGUAUAGUUCGAAAAUUAUUGCGUCUGAAGCUCAAAUAACGAUUAAAUUUAUAUUUCAAUUUUAAACAUUAAAGUUUUACCAUAUGAGAAUGAGAAAAGAAAAAUUACAAUUUUAAUGUUUAAUUAACUGAUGAUAUUUUAUUAAUAUAUAUCGUAACAAUAUGUAUUAGGCCGUACUAAUAAAAGUAUGUAUUGUAUUAAUUUUAUGACAUCAAUAACUAGUAAGAUGUGUAUUUAAUCAUAAAAAAUUAUAAUGUUGUCUGUUACUUUAUAGUUUAUCUAAUAUGUUAUUGCAUCAAAAUAUAUUUUUAUUAAGUUUUUAA